UUUUUAUCAACAGGUCCUGGAUGUGGAGCCCUUCUUACCAGAGACAUAGUGAACAGAACCAUUCAAACUACAACGGCCUUUAACUCCAGUGUUGAUGAAAAGUACGCCAUUCUAAACAGUUCCAGUGCGUGGUGUUCGAGUGACCUGGAUACAUUUCAAUACCUACGUAUCAAUAUUGGUACGAGUAACCUCGCACAGCCAGCCUGUGUUAACAUUUUCUGAGGCGUCUGAUUCGCCUUUUUAAAAUAGGCCUCUUUCAAAAACACCAUAAUACUCUUUUUUGUCCCUCCAAAAUUUCCAUUACGCAAUAAGCAUUGUUUUCAAUUUCUCCUGGGACUAACAAUCACCCCAAGAGAAACUGAAAACAAUGCUUACGCAAAAUUUUGGAGGGACAACAAAACGUGUAAAGGCAUUUUUGAAAGAGGCCCAUGUUACCCUCUUUAGCCUAAGGUAAAGCUUGUGAACAGUGGGGGAGAACAGUGAGGUGAUAUCCCGGGAGAAUAGGGUUACGGGAGGCGGGAAGGAAAGGGCGGGAGGUGGGAGUUCUAAUAUGAUGGGAAAUGGGAAAAAUAGGGGGAAUUUACGCAAAAAUGCUAAAUAUUUAGCAAUCGAAAAGGGGCUAAAAGGAGGAAGCCAAGAAAAAAAGGAAAGCCGGGAAUGCAAAGUACCGAAGACGAGAGGCCUGGGUACCUAUAAUCCCUCCCCCUCCCCCUCCCCCUUUCUAAUUAGCUAUCUACCAGCAGAUAUUAUGAAGAGAAGUCAAGGUAGUGCUAGAAGGGGGGAGGGGAGCUUAGAAACUCCCUCGUCUCUCCUAUAUUCACCCCAAGUCUCCACGGAAACCUGCUGCUUGCAGGAUGACAUACUGUAAAUCCUCUAUUAGGCCCCACGGGGGGCUUAUUACACGGGGGGGGGGGGAGGCUUAUUUAUCCCGGAUUUAGAAAAGACGAUGGCAUCAGUUUGGAAAAGUUCUAGUACAAGACGUUGGAGGUCAUGCAGCCGAGGAUCAAAAACAAAUUCAAACUUCCAGUUGGUAAAUAAACCGUCCCAGACCAGUCCACACGAAGUUUUACAGUCGUGAUUGAUUAAUACAGUCUAUCAUUUAUAAGUAAAGAAUAAUUAGAGGAGCGUGGGCGGGGCUUAAAAGAGAGGGGGGCUUCUUAACUUUCUUUCCCUGAAAAGGGGGCGGGGCUUACUAGAGAGGGGGCUUAUUUGAGAGGGCGGGUCAAAUAAAGGAUUAACGGUAGCGUGUUUAUGUUUUACAGGUAAACAAGCUCACCUCACAGGCCUUGAUAUUCAAGGGAAACGUUUUAGUAACCAGUAUAUCACUCAAUUCAAAGUUGGUUACAAGACUGAUGAUACACAACGGUUUCCUCAGUUCUACCCGUCGGAUAGCAACCCUAAGGUUCGUGGACCUCAGCUGUUGAAAUAUAGACUACAUGUACUAUAAGUGUUCAGUUUUUGGACAAUAAGGCCUGAGUAAAAAACAUUUGUAAUAUCUCGCCUGCCUUCGUCUAUCAUUUAUCAAUCAGGAAUAGUAGUCACCUGAUACAUCAUGUGACUUACUAAGGCAUGAUGAGGCUUUGUCUACACCAAAUCUCGAUACAGUUCCAUCCUCUUUGCAGGUUAGGCAACAAAAACCACUUCUUCUUUCUUCAAUUAAGCCAUUAAUCCAGGCCUUGAAACGCAAGCUUAAUGCCCGCAGAUGAAGGGCAAAUCUUCUUAAUUCACUAUAGUACGGCACAAUCUAGAUAGCUCUAUCAGCAGAAUUAACCCACGGUGCGUAGUUGAAAUUAGCAUUUUCUUUCGUUAUAAACUUUUAUUUCCUUUAGUUUUUUACCACGACAAAAUCAAAACAAUGAGAAUACAGUUGUGUCACUUAGUUGUUGUUUUGAAAUAAUUUGAAAUAUUUGCACCGCUGUCUUUGCUAUUUUGUUAGGUAUUCCAAAUGGCGCCUGUGUCUGGAGAUGAAAUCAUGCACUUCUCCUUAAACAACACCGUUAUGAAAUCGUUAUUUAUUUUUCCUUCUCAAUGGAAUAAACACAUAUGCAUUCGAAUAGAACUAUACGGCUGUGUUCCAGGUAUGUUUGCGGUGAAGGCUUCAUGGUUUUCACUAGCGACGCGGAUUCACUUUUUCCUCUCGGCGGAUUCGUAAUCAGAACCUGACGAGUCUGAUUUUGCUUACGAGUUCAUCACUUACGAUCCAGUAAAAACAAGAUUGUAGGAAUCAAAAGCAGGAACUGACGGAAAACCAAGGGCGACGUACCGAAAAGACUUAUAUAGUCGUUGGUUCAUUAAUUCUUCCACAUCUGCUUCUGAAUUCAACAAUCUCGUUGUUCAGCCUUAAGCGACGAAAUCGAAAGUGGUGUCGGAAGAAGGAUGAACACGUUCUGUUUCUUGCGUAAAUGAUUCCGUCCAGCUAAUUAUCCCUAACUACUUAGACUUUAAGAUGACUAGAUUCAUAGCUGCCUACCACGACUCGAUUUACGACACCGAUUUAGACUUCGUCGCAAGUAAAACCAGCCUUAAGGCUAGGAGUGACUCCUCUUUGAUGUUUUCAAAUAUAUGUCGAAAUAUGAAACUGAAUUCAGAAUGAUUUUGUUCAGUUAGAACACAACAGUGUUAGCAGUUAAUUAAGGAUGCCAUAACAUUUUCAUUCAAUUUUUCACAGUGGACGGAGGUUUUACGUCCUGGUCAGAUUGGAGUUGUUGUAGCAGGUCAUGCGGUAAUGGAACGAAAGUUCGUUACAGAAGUUGCACGAACCCAGCUCCCGCUAACGGUGGGUUAGGAUGCACUGGUGAACGGAAUCAGACAGAGAGUUGUUUGGGAACGUCUUGCCCAGGUAACUGCGUAACAGCGUCUAUUCAAAUGUUUUUAAAGCAUAGCCCGGAAGAAAAAUUCCAAUGAUGCUGACAGUUUCGAUGACUGACAGCCAUCUUUAUCAAAACUGAAAACGUCACAGGUAUCAGUAGCCCUACAUAGGCUUCUGAAGGUGUUAAUUGCGACAAAAAGCGCAAAGUCACUCUGUCGAGGCCACUCCUUCCCCCCUGGUUGGGGGUGGAGACCACUCGGGUGCAUAUAGGAGAUAGCUGGUAUGCUCCCUCAUCCCUGUUCAUAGUAGGAGUGUUCGUUCUAAUAUUUAUACUUUCCUUGUUAGGAUGCUUUACGAACAUUAGAAUAGAUAUCUGAAAUUUUUAGCCUUAUGAAUUUCUUCAAGAGUGUCUAAAAGCGCGGAGGCAGGAGAAAGCAGCGUGGCUUAGCGUUUAGAGCGCAGAAUGCAAUCCGGAGUCUCAAGUUCAAGCUCCCCAAACCCGGCCCCCCCGCCUUCCUCCUGACCGCCAGCUAGCAUUGUUCUCGGUAAUCCCGCGAGUUCAAAUCCUCGGUCACGCUUGUAAAAUAGCAAAUUGUUUGGUCUCCAGCCAGUUGAUAUUCUUAACCAUGUUGUGUUCUAUUAGAAGUUUUUGUUUCCUUAUCCUGAAAAUCCCCAAAAGUGGAGGCGAAUAAGCAUUUCAAUUUAAAAUUUACAUUUCAUGACAUCCCAGAAAUGCAUUAUUUAAGGAAGUUUCCAUAACAAUCAUCGAAUAAGCCGUAUGUUUUGUCUUAUUUGUAGUUGACGGGGGCUUCUCCAAUUGGUCAAACUGGACAAAGUGUAGCGUCACUUGUGGAACUGGCUUCCAAUUACGUACGCGAUCUUGUACAAAUCCGCUCCCAGAACAUGGAGGGAAAUUAUGCGCGGAGCGCUCCUCCGGAGAAGGCCGAAAUUGCACUUUACAACCAUGC